AUGCUGCCAAGGCCCAAGGCACGGCUUGGCUCGCAGCACCACUCUUCGCCAGUUUCAGUUCUAACUUUCCCUUCCCAUUCCCCCGUCGAAAGAGUUGGAGUAGCCCGCCAAGAAAGGAACAGGCAACUCAACCAUCUCCCUGCGCCUUGUAACCCCGUGGGUAAGAUGGAGAAUCUAGAUGCAAAUCAGCUUCCUGAAGUGGAUGCAAUGCCGGAUGGAUUUGUUGACAGCUCCAGGGAGCCUGUGGCUCCUGCAACCCCAACUGUAGAACAAGAGAAGCCACGGAGUCAUAACACCGAAGAGGAUACCAUGUCUGAUCUUCAUCAUGCUAAUUUGGCAGCAACGCUGGAGCUCUCGAAUGAAUCGACGCCAAGUCAGGCGCAGAGAACGGAAAAGACGCGAACUUUUCCUGUUCCGCUGUCUGAAACUGAUUCCUCUGAAGGUUCAGGCCAUGUGACAGAACUUACCCCUAAAGGAGAAGAAGAUAUUGUAGGGGUCCCUAAUUCAGUGGAUCAAGUUUCUGAAGCUUCACCACCACCUGGAGCAACCAGCAAUGAGGCAAAAUACGGUGUUUACAGCGAUAGUCAAAGUUCACAGAGAUCUGUUCAAGCAACUUCAGACACGCAUGCGGGUGCGAAAGAAAUAUCUUCCUCAGAAAACAUUGAGUUACCAGGGAGCAGAAAACAAGAAACUUCUGAAACUAAACGCAAGAAUGUUAAAAAGACGUUUAAAUCAGAGAAGGAAUUUCUAGAGUUCACUUUGAAGUAUCAGCAAGUCCUUUCCGAAAGAGAUUCUGCUAUCAUCGUCCGUGAUAAGCUUGAGUCACUGUGUAGGGAGUUGCAACGUCAGAAUAAAGUACUAAUGGAUGAGUGCAAAAGAGUAUCAAGCGAGGGGCAAAGUUUGAGAUUGGAUCUUUCUGCUAGAUUUGAAGAUGCAAUUAAGGAUGUGAGCAUUAAGCUGGAUGAGCAGAAGGAAGAAAGUCUUUGUCAGUUGAGGGAAAAUGAGAUGUUAAGAACCAAGCUGAAGCAACUUGCCGAGCAGUAUACGCUUUCCGAACAGCAAUUUGCCCAGAAGUUAAAACAGAAAAGCCUGGAACUUCAGAUCUCUGAUCUAAAGAUCAAGCAGCAUGAGGAAAAAUUAGUCCAGGAGCAGUCGCAGAUGAAAAUUUAUGCUGAACAGGUGUCACAGUUACUGUCAACCGAAAAGAAUUUGCGGUUGCAACUGACAGCGGAUGGGGAGAAGUUCCAACAAUUCCAGGAAGCAUUAGUGAAAAGCAAUGAAGUUUUUGAAACAUUCAAGCAAGAGAUCGAGAAGAUGGCUAAAUCCAUAAAGGAACUGAAGAAGGAAAACACGUUUUUGAAGAGUAAAUGUGACAAAUCAGAUGUUACUCUUAUUGAGCUCGUUGAGGAGCGGGAAAGAAUGAAGAAACAACUGGAGAAAACCAAGAACCAGAAAGAAAAACUGGAAUCAUUGUGCAGAUCACUUCAGGCGGAAAGGAAGCAGAGUUCUGCUGCCACUGCUGUUACUGUGACAACUACUACAAGCAAUGUCUCUGACCCAGUUCCAGACAGUUCCAUUGCAGCAGCUCCUUGA